AUGAGAUCUCUUAAAUGUGUUGUCCUUGGAGAUGGUGCGGUGGGUAAAACUUCAUUACUAAUUUCAUAUACCACAAAUACUUUUCCUACUGAAUAUGUACCUACUGUCUUCGAUAAUUAUUCUGUCACUAUAUCUGUAGACCCCGCAUCUACGCUUACACAUUUAAAAGAUGGGACAAGUCAAGAAGUGCCGUCCUUUAUUAACGAGCAAAAAUCUUCUACAGAUAAACUACAUUUAUUUAAAUUAAAUUUGUGGGAUACCGCUGGUCAGGAAGAAUAUGAUAAAUUAAGACCUUUAUCAUAUCCACAAACAGAUAUCUUUCUUUUAUGUUUUUCAGUUAAUGAGUUUACCAGUUUUAAAAACAUAAAUGAUAAAUGGUUCCCAGAACUAAGACAACAUGCAAAUAUUAAGAAUAAUUCAUUGUUCAAACAAUUCAAUAAAUACCCUAUUUUGCUAAUCGGUACAAAAUCAGAUUUAAGAGAAGAAAUAGAUGAUGAAAACUGUGUCCCCGUAGAACAAAUUAAUAACUUCGUAGAUGAACAUAAUUUGUUAGGUUAUGUCGAAUGUUCUGCAAAAUAUCAAACAGGAGUGGCGGAAAUCUUCCAAACCGCAGUCCAGAAGUUAGUCUAUGAAUAUGACCCUACCUAUAGAAAACAAAUGAAUGCAGAAGUAAACGACACAGCUGCCAAACAAUCAGAGGAGAAAAUCAUGCAUAAUAAGACAACGUCUGAAAUUGAGAUAGGACCAACACAACCAUCUUCUGAUAUUUCUACAAAACAAAGUGCAUCAAUCAAACCAUCUGCUGUAGAGAGCAACUUCAAACGGACUAAAAGCACCACUGACACUACUAAUCAAGCUCUAAAAAGCAAAAACAAAAAGAAUAAUAUCACUUUAUCCUUCAAAUCAAACUCUGCUAAAAAAAGAGGGAAGAAAUCAUUUUGCGUCAUAAUGUAA